UUGUCGACCCAGCACUCGGUGUAUUCGUGUGAAUUACCGCCGGCUUCCCCUUUGCAGUGCCUCCAGCACCAAACUGUACUUGCGCACGAUUUUAUUUUCGGCAUUGCUCCUUCCUUCCGUUCCUUCCAGCGGGAUUCUGUUUCCUAUCCGGGGUGCUCAACUUCUUGAGUCCGUCACGGUCAAGGGCACUAGUCUCAGAUACAACAGGUUGCGGCACCAAAUCAACCCACACACCACACCUCCGUCCGUGUCCACCACGCUCACAACACCGUCAAAAUGUCGAUGCAUAAUAAUGUCUACUCGAGCGGGCAGUUCAUGAACCCCGGCCCUGCCCCACGGCCUCCCACCGAUAAGCCUCGCCUUGGCCUCAUGCCGAAUGUGAGCCUCACAAACAGCAUGUCGAACAUGAGUGUGGCCUCUCCAGUCUCGAGUACCUACAGUGGAUCCACCAUAGCCCUCCCGAUUUCUCGACAGGGCUCCAAUAGCUUCGAAGGCGCCGGGGGGCUCGGUAUCAUCAAGCAGGGUUAUGUCGGCCUACCGAGCAAGAACCCGUUCCAGCAAUGGAAAAGCAGAUACCUCAUCCUCCGCCAGGACAUUCUUGACUUCCACAAGAAUGAGAACGGCAAGUGGUUAUACAAAAUCCAACUCUCAGACGUUGUUAGCGUCGAUCGGAUUCCCGAUGACAAUGGCGACCCCGUCUUUGAGAUCAGGAGAAAUCUGACCAAUUCGUACCCGGGCCCGCCUGGAGACGACGACAGCGGCGUGAGAUCCCUGCGGAUCUGCGUCAAGACCGACGACGAGCUGUACGAGUGGAUUGACUGCAUCUAUGCCCGUUGCCCAGGCGGCGUCAGCAACCCCUCUAACUUCUCUCACGCUGUUCAUGUCGGCUUCAACCCCCAAACAGGACAGUUCACCGGACUGCCGGAAGAGUGGACUAGGCUGCUCAAUUCGUCCGCCAUCACCAAGGAGGAUGUGGAGAAGAACCCCCAGGCCGUUUUCGAGGUCCUGGAUUUCUACUCGGAUAUGACCAAGCGCGCCGAGAACCCCGACCCCUACGGCGGCAGCCCGGUGCCGGCCGCAUCGCCAAGCAACAUGCAGAAUGACCAGUUUGGCUACCCGAGUGGUAACUCGGUCGCGCCGCCGCGGCAGCCGAAGCCUAUCCAGCGUAGCCCGGGGUCUUACCCAAGCCCGGCUCCCCAGCCACUUGCUUCCCCGUCCCCGCGGGCGAUGGACCAGCAAAUGCAACAGCUGCAAGGCGUAUCCCCUAACUACAUCUCGGCCGAUCGGAUGCGCGAGGAGCAGCGCGCCCGAGAAUUGGAGCGGCAACGGGCUGAGCGCGAGGAGCAGGCUCGCCGGGAGCUCGAGGCUUACAAUGCGUCACUUCCUAAGACAAAGGUCCCCCUUGCUCAGCAGGAAAUCGGGGGCGGUUAUUCGAGUUCCCCGUCCCAGGCUGAUCGGUAUAACCCCACACGAGCGGCGCCCAAGGCGCCCCAGGCCCAGUCACUCAGGGCACAGAGGCCUGCGCCCGCUCCGCCGGGCAACUCUUCCGCCCCCUCCCGCCCACCUCUUGCACAACAGAAUAGCUCCACCUCGGUUCGCGAUCCCACGGCCCAGGCACAGAGGACACCCAGACCGGACCAGGCCAACGGCCCUUCAGCCGCUGCCCGCUAUCCUAACCAAGCGCAGGCACGUGGUCCGAACGGGCAACCGCAAGUACAGCAGCCCUCUCGCUUGCCGGCGCCGGUGAAGCCCCUCAAUGUUUCGAAGCCCAGCGCAAACGCGGAUGGGGUUAAGGCUGCUGAGGCUGCCCUAACCGCCAAGCCUUCUCCCUCAGAGCGCAAGCAAGAUGUGCGCAUGUCGACCAUGUCAGAGGGCGAGGUGAUGGCGAAGUUGAAGGAGGUUGUCUCCAAGGACGACCCCAACAGGAUGUAUGCCAAGCAGAAGAAGAUUGGCCAAGGCGCCUCUGGGUCCGUGUAUGUGGCCAAGGUCAUGGGCACAAGGCCUGGUGCUCCCGUGAAUCCCAAGGUUCGGAUCGGCAGCGACCGUGUUGCCAUCAAGCAGAUGGACCUUGCGCAUCAGCCGCGCAAGGAGCUGAUCGUUAACGAGAUUCUUGUCAUGCGGGAGAACAAACACCCCAACAUUGUCAACUUCCUUGAUGCUUUCCUCAUGGACAACGACAAGGAGCUCUGGGUGGUGAUGGAGUACAUGGAGGGUGGCGCUCUGACGGAUGUCAUUGAGAACAACCCCAUUAUCACAGAGGAGCAGAUUUCGACCAUUUGCCUCGAGACUUGCCAAGGCCUCGACCAUCUUCACUCGCAAAAUAUCAUUCACCGCGACAUCAAGAGUGACAACGUUCUCUUGGAUGCCCGCGGCAACGUCAAGAUCACUGAUUUCGGCUUCUGUGCCAAGCUGACGGAGACCAAGUCGAAGCGCGCUACUAUGGUCGGCACGCCCUAUUGGAUGGCUCCCGAGGUUGUCAAGCAGAAGGAAUACGGCCCCAAGGUCGACAUCUGGUCGCUCGGCAUCAUGGCCAUCGAGAUGAUCGAGUCGGAGCCCCCCUACCUCAACGAGGAGCCCCUCAAGGCCCUGUACCUCAUCGCCACCAACGGCACGCCGCGCCUCAAGAAGCCCGAGAAGCUGAGCAAGGAGCUCAAGGCCUUCUUGUCGGUCUGCCUGUGCGUCGAUGUCAAGAGCCGCGCGUCAGCGCAGGAGCUGCUCAACCAUGACUUCCUGAAGCACGGGUGUCCGCUGGCGAGCUUGGCGGAUCUGUUGGCCUUUAAGAGGGUGGCUAAAUAAGUCGUGUGUGUGGUGAGGUUGGGUUGUGGAGCAGCAGCUGCAGCCAGCAAUGAUGUGAUCACGACGGGCAU